AUGAUGGGUUAUGUCCUCGUCGUUAUCUAUUUUGCAACGGCAAUUACAGUUGGACUUUCAGCCUUACUCUAUUAUUACCAAUGCGAACUUCUUUACCCAGCAUUCUUCCCGCCAGGCUCGAGAUCAGUGGUCGCUCGCCCUUCACAAUACGGUCUCCCUGAUAAAGAAGAGAUCCUCGUCACCAAAGACGGUGUCCGCAUAAGGUGCUAUGUGCUUAUACAACGAGGAGACGAUGUUGCAAUACAAUCACCCACAUUACUAUGUCUACAUGGGCAUGCUGGUAAUAUGGGGCAUCGACUACCCAUUGCACAAGUCUUUUAUCGGAAACUGGGAUACAACGUUGUCAUGCUGUCAUACCGCGGGUACGGGCUUAGUGAAGGCAAAGCUACAGAGAAAGGAUUACGCAUUGAUGCUCAGACAGCGCUCGAAUAUAUCCAACGCCAUCCAAUUCUGAAACACACACGCCUGGUUGCUUAUGGCCAAUCCCUUGGCGGUGCCGUCGCUACUUAUCUCGUUUCCAAGUACGAAGACAAAUUUUUUGCAUUGAUCAUUGAAAACACAUUUCUCAGCAUUCCAUUGCUGAUCCCACACGUAUUCCCACCUAUGCGACAUUUGGUGUAUCUCUGUCAUCAACGAUGGCGCUCAUAUAGGAACAUCCAGUUUAUUCGCAAGAUCCCAAUCUUGUUCCUUUCCAGUGGCAAGGAUGAGCUCGUACCACCUUCACAUAUGGCCAAACUUCACAUGGCUGCCAAUACAAGGAGCGGUAAAGUAUGGCGUGAAUUUGAACAUGCAACGCACAAUGAUACUUGCAUGCAGGAUGGUUACUUUGAGGCGAUCGGCGAGUUUAUACGGGAUUAUGUUUGGGAAAUCUAA